CAGAGGAAGCGGAGAGGAGCAGAAACACGGAGGAGAGAAAAAUGUUAAAAUAAUAAAAACACAAAGUGGCACACAGAAGACACGGGGGGCUUUUAUUUUAGAGAGGUUAGUGGAACGGAAACGCAGCGCCGUGACGAUGAUGAAGAUGAAGAUGAAGUUGAAGAUGAAGCUGCAGGUGGAGGCGGAGGAGCCGCUGGAGGAGCCGCUCUGUGACUGGAUGUCCCAGCUGCCGCCGCGGCUGCAGGACGUCCCGCUGUGGCAGCUGGCCCUGCCCGGGAGUCAUGACAGCAUGUCUUUCUGCCUGGAUGUCUGCUCUCCGGUCCUGAAGUCGGAGCCCCGCCUCCUCACUGUGAUUGACAGGCUGUUCCCGUGCUGCACACGCCCCUGUGUGUACCGCUGGGCCACCACACAGCAGUGCUCCCUCAGUGAACAGUGUGAUCUGGGGGUUCGUUUCCUCGACUUGCGCAUCGCCAGGAAGCCAGCAGGGGGCAGCAGACUAUUCUUCGCCCACGGCAUCUACACCCUGAUGACUGUGAAGGAAGCCCUGGCUGAGCUGGCCUCCUGGUUGGUCCAACACCCCAAGGAAGUCGUUAUCAUUUCCUGCUCGCAUUUUGAUUCGCUGACGGACGCAGACCACGCCCACCUGGUGGAUUACAUCAUCACCCUGUUCAGAGGACGACUCUGCUGCCCACAGGACACGCCCACGCUGCGCUCCUAUUGGUCCAGAGGUCAGCAGGUCAUUGUUUCCUACGAUGACCAGCAGGUGGCGCAGCAGCACCCGCAGCUCUGGAGCCGCAUUCCAUACUGGUACGCUGACAGCUGGGACCCUCAGCAGGUCAUCUCUUACCUGGAGGAGCAGAAGAGCCGAGGACGACCAGCGGGCCUCUUUGCGGCGGGGCUGAACCUGACGGAGGACGCCGGCCUCGUGUUGCUCCACCCGGGUCUGAACAUGAGGAAGCUGACGCUGAAGUCUCUCUCUGUGCUGCUGCGCUGGGCGAGCGAGCAGCGGGCGGGGCCUCAGGGGGGCGGAGUCAACAUCCUCUGCUGCGACUUCGUGGGCCUCAGCCGCUUCUGCUCGCUCGUGAUUGGCCUCAACUACAAGGAGGGGGGCGGAGCUGGUUCAAUAGGGGCGGAGUCAGAACCCGGACCUGUGGCUGCUGAAAGAUGAUUAUUAUUGAACAGAUGAAAAUAUUAAACAAAAAUAAAGACAAGAGAAUUUUGUAAAAAAAAAAAAAAAAAAAAAAAAAAAAAAAAAAUACAAGAAACAAAUUUCUGGAAAAAUGUCCCCAAAAAUAUAUCAAGUAAUGUCUUUCACUUUUUCAAAAUUAUUGUGAUUAUAUGUUUAAUACCGCAAGAAAACAUAAGGCAUAAAAUGAACCAAAAAAAAAAAAAAGAAAUUCAAA